AUGGACAGGAGGAACAACUUGGGAAACGUCUUUCACAAAACUCUGAGCGGGAAGGAGAUGGACUCGUUUCGUUCUGCGCUCGUCCCGGGUGGUGAGGCGGCGUGUCGUGAGCGCCAGUCUCCGCUCGGGGCUUUCGAACCGAAUGAUUCGGACCCGGUUCAUACUGGAGGAGUGGGAUUAGGAACAGGAGCCGGAGUAGCAGCAGUACUAGGACCGGGGUCGCUAGGGCUGCCCGGUGGAUCCAUGCUUGCGCAGUACGGAGAGGGUACAAGCGGGCAAAGCAGCGGUGGAGAGCAGAGCCCGGAUGAUGACAGCGACGACCGGUGUGAGAUGAUGCUCCUGAGAUCGACCGCUCCAGGUGCUUCGGGUACUAAAUGCGGAACUGGAAAGAAGAACCGAGAGCAGAAAACCCUACGAUUGAACAUUAAUGCCCGGGAACGGCGGCGCAUGCACGACUUAAACGACGCCCUGGAUGAAUUACGCGGAGUCAUUCCAUACGCGCACAGCCCGUCCGUGCGCAAACUUUCCAAGAUCGCGACGCUGCUCCUGGCUAAGAACUACAUCCUCAUGCAGGCGCAGGCGCUGGAAGAGAUGCGGCGGCUGGUGGCCUAUCUGAACCAGGGUCAGGCCGUGUCGCUGACACCAAGCCUCAACGCGUACGAGCAGCCACCCGCGUACCCGGCGUUUGCCCCCGGAGCAGCCGCGACCCCCUCCUGCCCAGACAAAUGUACCCUUUUCAACAGCGUCACCUCCAGUCUGUGUAAACAGUGUACAGACAAGCCUUGA